AUGAUGGUCCACUGUGCCGGGUGCGAACGGCCCAUCUUGGACCGGUUCCUCCUCAACGUGCUGGACAGAGCCUGGCACGCCAAGUGCGUCCAGUGCUGUGAGUGCAACUGCAACCUCACCGAGAAGUGCUUCUCCAGAGACGGAAAGCUCUAUUGCAAAAUUGACUUUUUCAGGCGAUUUGGCACUAAAUGCGCGGGCUGUCUGCAGGGAAUCUCGCCGAACGACUUGGUCCGCAAAGCUCGAAGCAAAGUGUUUCACCUAAACUGCUUCACCUGCAUGGUGUGUAACAAACAGCUGUCCACGGGAGAAGAACUCUAUGUGAUAGACGAGAACAAGUUUGUGUGCAAAGAUGAUUAUCUGAGCUCCGGGGCCAUAAAGGAAGUCAACUUGAACUCAGUGUCGUCGUGCACAGAUAGGAGUUUAUCGCCGGAUCUGCAGGACCCAAUACAGGACGACAUAAAAGAGACGGACAAUUCAACGUCCUCAGAUAAGGAAACGAACAAUAUUGAGAACGAGGAGCAGAACUCUGGGGCCAAAAGGCGGGGGCCCCGGACCACCAUCAAGGCCAAGCAGCUGGAAACGUUAAAGGCUGCUUUUGUUGCCACGCCGAAACCGACCCGGCACAUUCGAGAACAGCUGGCACAGGAAACAGGGCUGAACAUGCGCGUCAUCCAGGUCUGGUUCCAGAACAGAAGAUCCAAAGAACGGAGAAUGAAGCAGCUGAGCGCUCUGGGUGCCCGACGGCAUGCCUUCUUCAGGGGCCCGAGGAGGAUGAGGCCGCUGGGAGGCAGGCUGGAAGACCCAGACAUUUUAGGACCUGGAGCCUACGGUUACUAUGGAGAAUACCAAGGUGACUAUUAUGGACCAGGGAGCAACUACGACUUCUUUCCCCAUGGCCCUCCAUCAUCACAGGCUCAAUCUCCGGCCGACUCCCCCUACAUCCUGGGCUCUGGUCCCGGAGCGAUGGAGGGUUCAGGCCACCACCCGUCAGAUGACCAAAGGUUCACGGACAUGAUCUCCCAUGCGGAAACUCCCAGUCCAGAGCCGGGCUUACCAAACUCACUUCAGCCUGUCCCGGGGGAGGCAUUCGGGGGUGGGCCCAGUCCUCCUUUCUCCUUGGCCAGUAAUUCCAGUUACAGCGCUCCAAUGUCCCACCAAGGCCAGGAGAUGGGAGAAACCACCGCAUGGUAA